GACUCGUGACACCGCGAGGUCUCAGUAUAAAUAACGUCACGCGUGAAGCGGAGCUGCCGAAAACUCCAGAAGAGCGGAAGGUUCACGUGAGACGCGUCAGCUCGCGCACUUUUCUAGAUCCUCCACGUGAGCUCCACUGAAGAAGAAGAAGAAGAAGAAGAAGAAGAAGAAUGGAGCACCUGGAAAACUCCACCGCGUCCCCCAAACGGCUCUUCCUGCACACGCAGAGCACCGCGCGCUCCCAGGCGGACAAAGGCGACGGGAACGCGUACCUGUACAUCCUCAUCGUCAUGUCCUUCUACGGAGUCUUCCUCUGCGGCAUCAUGCUGGGCUACCUGCGCUCCAAGCGGCGAGAGGAGAGGAGGACCAACGUGUUCACGCGCCUCGUGCACGAGGAGGAGCAGCGGGAGUGGGGCGCGCUGCCGCCCAAGAAACACAGCCUCACCUUCCCGGCCGCCGUCUCGGAGCUGCGCGCGGUGCAGCUGUCCCUGCCCUUCUGCGGUAACCACGGCAACCAGUUCGGGCAGCUCCACUGCGCGAGCGCGCUGCCGUCCCCGCUGGCGUGCGCGCUGUGCGCGGAGCAGAGCAGCGUCAGCUCGCUGUGCUCGUCCGCGGACACGCGCUUCGCCAUCGAGGAGGAGGAGUCGGACGUCGGCGCGGCGGACGCGAAGGGAGGGGCCGGAAACGGCGUGGACGAUUCAGGAUGAACUCUAAGAAAAAGGCAACGUGUGUGUGUGUGUGUGUGUGUGUGUGUGACCCUCCAUGGCCCAAGAGGAGAAACACCACCUGCGGAGGAACCCAGGUGGAGCAGACAGUCCAAUCACCAGUAAACCAGCAGUUUGCCAUAAAAAAUAUGAUAUCCAUGAAAGGGACCAGUCAAACCAGUAUGACGUAGAGAGUACUGAUAGGUGGAGGGGGCGUUUUAUUUUGAAAGUGUCUGAACUGAUUCUAAAUGUGACACGCACACACUUAUAGCUGCUGGAACAUCCAAAUGUGUCUAAAAAGCAAACUAAAUACUACAAUAUGAUAUUAUAAAGCAACAUUGUCUACUAUUAUUCUUAUUGGCUUGGUGGAGACCCCUCCCUUUGCUUUCUGCUGAUGACUCACCCUGCAGGGGGCUGACGGAGAGGGGGGGGGGGGGGGGGGUGGACUGAACUUGACUCGCUCUCGCCAACACGGUUUUGAGUAUUGAAACGUACCUGGAACCCACUUGAAGGAUUGGUCGAGACUCUAUAAGAAGUGUGUGUGUGUCGUGUAGCUCCGUGAUGGAUUUGAUAGGUUUGCACUGUGCGUAUUGUUUUUAUGCUGUUUUGGCUUGAUUUGAGUCUUCUUCUCUUUUGCAGUGUUU